AUCCCCAAACAGUUUUGUCUUUGUGUGUUUCAACAUUUACGAAGUCUCGAAUUCUAGUUCGCGCUAUUGACUCGUUCAAUCAAUCAAGGUGAACGCUAGCUGACACUUGUUAUCAGGAAAUCAUUGCUGAAAACGUAUCAGAUUUCCUGUCCGUACCUUAUAUAAGUUAACGUUGGUCAAGGUCGCAAUAUAAUUAUUGUCGCAUCAUUAGAAGACUUUGGUCCGCAAGGGAAUUAAAAAACUCGGGCGUUAAUAUGAACACACUUAUAGGCGUUAUCACGUUGUUUUUUCUCUCAGUCUAUGGGGCUGAAGGACUCAGUUGCCAAUGUCGUGAAGAAAUGUGCGACACUCUAGAUAUACUGAAACAAAAAUGUAAGGGAGGUUUAGUGUCUGAUGCUUGUCACUGCUGUAAAACAUGUGCCAAACUGGAAGGUGAAAGAUGUGGUGGAAUGUUCAACCUUCAUGGAAGAUGCGACCAAGGUCUAAUUUGUCAAUAUUCUUCGUGGAUAUUUUAUCAUAGAAAUGGUUUUUGUAGAUUGAGAAAUCAAGUCGUAAGAACCGAAACACCGCCAACAAAAGCUACUGUGCUUCCAAGAAAAUGGCACAAGAUAUUAAUAAAAACUGUUGAAAAUACUAAGCUUUCCUUUGGCUCUGGGGAUGAUGAUCAGGAAUCUGCAGUUAAGGCUCGAACGCCAAAUACCGAAACAUAUUUUGAAGAGGGAACAAGUCCAGUUCAAACAGAACAACCUAGUAAAACAGACUUGUAUCUUGAAGAAGAAUUGAGAACAACUCAGCUUCCAGACCAUGAAACUGAACAACCUACUGAAGUUAUUGAUUUAUUCUCUGGAGAUGCGGACGACGACGAUGAUGAUUCCAAAACAACUACUCAACUUCCAGACCAUGAAACUGAACAACCUACUGAAGUUAUUGAUUUAUUCUCUGGAGAUACGGACGACGACGAUGAUGAUUCCAAAACAACUACUCAAGCCACUCAAAAGCCAACUGAAAUCACUGAAUUAUCCUAUGAAGAAUUAAAAACAACUUCCACGACACGACAACCACACUCUGAAACAACAACUGCAGAAAAUAAGCUUACAAGAAAAUGGCACAAAACAUUAAUAAAAACUGCUGAAAAUACUGAGUUUUCCUCUGGCUCUGGGGAUGAUGAUCAGGAAUCUGCAGUUAACGCUCGAACGCCAAAUACCGAAACGUAUUUUGAAGAAGGAACAAGUCAGGUUCAAACAGAACAACCUACUAAAACAGACUUGUAUCUUGAAGAAGAAUUGAGAACAACUCAGCUUCCAGACCAUGAAACAGAACAGCCUACUGAAGUUAUUGAUUUGUUCUCUGGAGAUGCGGACGACGACGAUGAUGAUUCCAAAACGACUACUCAAGCCACUCAAGAGCCAACUGAAAUCACUGAAUUAUCCUAUGAAGAAUUAAAAACAACUUCAACGACACGACAACCACACUCUGAAACAACAACUGCAGAAAAUAAGGAUAUACAGAUCAUCUUCUAAUCAAAUUGAGGAAUUGAUAUCUGCCUUGUAAACACAAUUAUGAUGGUUCACAGCAUACAUUCAUCUCAAUAUCGAACUGCUUGUUUGCAAUUGUAUUUAUGAUACAAAGAGUAAUGUUAAUUAUAGGUACUUGAACAUAAAAAUAUUGAAACUGUCAGAAUGCAUGGAGAAAUUGAAAAAGAAAUAUAUGUUAAAAAAGUA